GUUAAGGACCUCUGUAAAUCUCGUUUGCAGAGCCUUGUAAUUCUGCUCCUCACCCGUUAUCUGUAGGUCCCUUAUACCUCAUCUAUAAACAUCUGUAGGCAGUCGCUAACAGCUGGAAGGGACUGCAGCAUCCUAUUAAGUCCAUGCCUUCUUUCCCUCAGAGCUCAUCCCUUGGUCUCUUGCAAAGCUUCUUGGCUGAUAUAGAUUGUCUUCUCCCCACUUCUAAUUUGGGGUUUUCCCUCCCCCUCCAAACCCCUGAAUAGAGCUAUUACAGAAGGGCCCGAGACUCCUGCUACAUCCUUUUACAGGGCUACCUCCAUCGCAUUCCCGGUUACCAAGCCACUUGCAUGCCUUCACUUCUGCAGGACAUUUUUUUUCCUAUCCAAACAAGAGGGAGAGAGGGAGAGGCUUGAAGUGGGGCUGUAGAUACCCUAUGUCUCCUAUCCAGAGGCCUUCCUUAUCCAGGGGAACCACUGACAGUUCCCUCUAAACCCUCUUCCUUGAUUGGAGGAGUAGGGAAAGAGGAGGUAGUUGGGGGUAUUCUCCCCACCCCCAAUAUCUUGGAGCUGGAGCCGCAAGGGGAAGAAUAUCUAGGCAGCUGCGGAGACUCACAGGAGACCAGCAACAGUGAAGCCCAGCCUCAUCCACGGCCGCCAUGCCGUCUAAUGCCAGGGCUGGUAGUUUGAAGGACCCUGAGGUGGCUGAGCUGUUCUUCAAGGAUGACCCUGAGAAGCUCUUUGUUGACCUGCGGGAGAUUGGUCAUGGCAGCUUUGGAGCUGUCUACUUUGCCCGAGACAUACGCAACAACGAAGUGGUGGCUAUUAAGAAGAUGUCCUACAGUGGGAAGCAGUCUAACGAGAAAUGGCAGGACAUUAUCAAGGAGGUGAAAUUUUUGCAAAAACUACGACACCCAAACACAAUUGAAUACAAGGGCUGCUACUUACGGGAACAUACAGCAUGGCUGGUGAUGGAAUACUGCCUAGGCUCAGCUUCAGAUUUGCUGGAAGUGCACAAGAAACCACUACAGGAAGUAGAGAUUGCAGCCAUAACGCAUGGUGCUCUGCAGGGACUUGCAUACCUGCAUUCACACAAUAUGAUCCACAGGGAUGUGAAAGCUGGGAAUAUCCUUCUGACUGAACCAGGACAAGUGAAGCUGGGGGACUUUGGCUCGGCUUCCAUCAUUGCUCCUGCUAACUCCUUUGUUGGCACCCCAUACUGGAUGGCUCCUGAGGUGAUCUUAGCCAUGGAUGAGGGGCAGUAUGAUGGCAAGGUGGAUGUCUGGUCACUUGGCAUCACUUGCAUUGAACUUGCGGAGCGCAAACCACCCCUCUUUAACAUGAAUGCUAUGAGUGCCUUAUACCACAUCGCCCAGAAUGAUUCACCUCUGCUGCAAUCUAGUCACUGGUCUGAAUAUUUCCGGAAUUUUGUGGAUUCAUGCCUGCAGAAGAUCCCCCAGGACCGUCCAACCUCCGAUGUGCUGCUUAAGCAUCGCUUUCUUUUGAGGGAGCGACCCCAGACAGUUAUCAUGGACCUGAUUCAGAGGACCAAGGAUGCAGUGAGGGAGCUUGACAAUCUGCAGUACCGCAAGAUGAAGAAAAUCCUCUUCCAGGAGGCUCAGAAUGGUCCAAAUGCAGAGGCACCAGAAGAGGAAGAGGAAGUAGAGCAGUUUCUUCACCGAACAGGGACCAUCAAUAGCAUGGAGAGCAGCCACUCGGUACCCAGUAUGUCUAUUAGUGCCAGCAGUCAGAGCAGCAGCGUCAACAGCCUAGCCGAUGCCUCAGAUGAUGAUGACGGGGCUGAGAUUGCCAUGAUGCAGGAAGGCGAGCACACCGUCACCUCCAAUAGCUCCGUCAUCCAUCGUCUGCCGGGCCAUGACAAUCUGUAUGAUGAUCCCUACCAGCCAGAAAUGGAGCCCCAGAGCUCAUCGUCAGCUGCCCGGCGUCGUGCCUACUGCCGUAACCGAGACCACUUUGCCACCAUUCGUACAGCUUCUUUGGUGACUCGCCAAAUCCAGGAGCACGAGCAAGAUUCAGCCCUGCGGGAUCAGAUGAGUGGCUACAAGCGGAUGCGCCGUCAACAUCAGAAACAGCUGCUGGCUUUGGAGAACAAACUGCGGGCCGAACUGGAUGAGCACCAGCUGCGGCUCGACAAGGAGCUUGAGGCCCACCGCAACAACUUCUCGGCUGAAGCUGAAAAACUGGCCAAGAAACAUCAGGCUAUUUUUGAGAAAGAGGCAAAAGCUGCCCUGGCUGAAGAGAAGAAAUUUCAGCAACAUAUCUUGGGUCAGCAGAAGAAGGAAUUGGGCAACUUGCUGGAAUCACAGAAGCGCCAAUAUAAGUUACGGAAGGAGCAGCUAAAAGAGGAACUGCAGGAGAACCAGAGCACACCCAAGCGGGAAAAGCAGGAAUGGUUGCUGAGACAAAAAGAGAACAUGCAACAUUAUCAGGCCGAGGAAGAGGCCAACCUUUUGCGGCGCCAGCGGCAGUACUUUGAGCUACAGUGCCGCCAGUACAAACGCAAGAUGCUGCUGGCACGCCAUAACUUGGACCAAGACUUGCUGCGGGAGGAGCUGAACAAGAAACAAACACAGAAGGAUCUAGAGUGUGCCAUGUUGCUGCGCCAGCAUGAGUCCACCCAGGAGUUGGAAUUCCGUCACCUGCAUACUGUCCAGCGCACCCGCACAGAGCUCACCCGUCUGCAGCACCAAACGGAGCUGUCAAACCAGCUGGAAUACAAUAAACGUCGCGAACAGGAACUGCGCCAGAAGCAUGCCAUGGAGGUCCGGCAGCAGCCUAAGAGCCUCAAAUCCAAAGAACUGCAAAUUAAAAAGCAGUUUCAGGACACCUGUAAGAUCCAGACGCGGCAAUACAAGGCCCUUCGCAACCAUCUCUUGGAGACCACCCCAAAGAGCGAGCACAAGGGGAUCCUCAAGCGUCUGAAGGAUGAGCAGACCCGCAAGCUGGCCAUUCUAGCUGAGCAGUACGACCACAGCAUCAAUGAAAUGCUCUCCACCCAGGCCCUGCGUUUGGAUGAAACUCAGGAGGCAGAAUACCAAGUCCUAAGGAUGCAGCUGCAGCAGGAGCUCGAGCUGCUGAACGCUUAUCAGAGCAAAAUCAAGAUCCACACUGAGGCGCAGCAUGAACGUGAGAUCAAGGAGCUUGAGCAGCGGGUAUCUAUCCGCAGGGCGCUCCUAGAGCAAAGGAUUGAGGAGGAGAUGUUGGCCUUGCAGAAUGAGCGUUCUGACCGCAUCCGCAGCCUCUUGGAGCGCCAGGCCCGGGAGAUUGAAGCCUUCGACUCUGAAAGUAUGCGUCUGGGAUUCAGCAAUAUGGCACUCACAGGCAUUCCAGCCGAAGCCUUCAACCAAGGCUACACGGCCCCUCCUCAGCCCUGGCCCUCCCGCCCGGUUCCCCGCAGCGGCUCCCAUUGGAGCCAUGGAGUUCAGAAUACAGCUGGUGCUCCUCAUGCGUGGAGGCAGCCUCCCAUGCUUGCCCCGCCCCCUUCAGCUUGGCUUCAUCCCCCUUCCUCGUCUCCCUCCUCAUCCUCAUCCUCCUCCUCGGCUCCUAGUGGCCGCUCCAAUGUGGUCAUGCUGAGAAACAGCCCCCAACCACUGCGGCGCACAGCUUCUGGCGGCCAGUCGGACCAGGGCAUCAGCCGCUCAGCCAGCGUCACUUCUCACAUCCUCAACGGGUCACAUUUUUCCUACUCGUGAAGUGAUUGGUAGAGAACAGGGAGACUUGGCUGGAGGCAAAGGGGGGGUUGGCUGGUGAAAAAGGGAGGGAGGCGGGGCAUGUUAUCGGGGGUCGAUAAGUUAAAAAACAAAAAUGGGAGAUGCUGUGAAACUGGACCACAGUGGAAGGCUCUCGGUCAUCAUCAGUAGCCUUUGAGUUGCCAGUCACCAUAAGAAGGUUGGACUGUGAGAUGGAAGGUUGAAUUCUCGUCCUCUGGAGCAUAGCUGGUGCCUCCUCAGAUUGUGGUUUCCUAUCCCCCGCCAAAUGGAUAGAGACAUCGAAGCUGCAAACAUGAUGUUGGCAGUCUGUUCUUGUGUCCCUGAUGGUUGUCGGUUGCUCCCCCAGCGUUGCCACAAUCUGUAGAUGAAGACAGGCCAAGAAUAGUGCUCCAGCAAUGGAGAUAAAGUUAUCUCUUCAGGGUGUGGCUGAAUAGUCUCAAUAGUCUCUUCUCUUGAGAAGAGAGGAAAGAAAAAUACUCCCACAAUACAACAAAUCCAGAAUUCUUUAUUGUGCACUGUAGCUUGUUUGUGGGUGUAAUCAGAGCUGCUGCAGCCAGAAACCCUGCUUUUUCCCCUCCUAUGCCAGGGUUCCUUUAAGUCAGCUUGGCUAGCGGGAGGAAUGAACAGGCAUAGAAUUGGAGAGAAUCCUGGAUUUGCAUUGGUGGUGGGGCUAAUCUGCAUGCUUAGAAAUUUUCAGAGUGACAGUGAAGAACUUUGCAUCUUGGGCAUAGACACUGGCUUUUGAUCCUGCCCAAAUUCACAGACAGGAGAAGAUGACAGAAUUUAAUCUGCUUCUGUGUACCUUGCUCCACUUCUAGAACCUUUCUCAGCUUACUAUAGCCCGAGGAUGGGAGAGGGAAAUGUAUAUGCAGACAGGCUAUUCUGGGGUCUGAAUCUGCAUUGCCUUCUCUUUCUCAGUCAGAGGCCUCCUCCAGCUCUAGAGGCUGUCUUGGCAUCAUACUGGUCCCACAUGAUGGGGAGAACUAAUGGGUUUUCAACCCUUUUUAUCCCUGUUAUGAUCCGAAUGUAGAUACUGAUCAGUGCCCUCCAUCCACAACCCCCAAUGUCUGUUUUGAGAUAUGGACCUAACCCCAUGCUAGCCCAGGGGUCAUCUGUUGACGAUCAACUCAUAAACAUAUACAUUGUCUUUCUUCCCUCUCUUAUGGAAGAAACAUCCAACAGUUAACAAUUCUUGUAACAAGGGGCUUUGGACUGGAGCUCUCCCCAAACACGCACACAUAGCACAUUUAGUUCCCUGAUCACAAUCUAAAUCUCUGGAAGAGAUUUGGCUUGGUGCUUAUGCAACUAACGUUUAUAUGAAAUUACCUCCUCUAAAUUGUUUUUGAUGCAGUGUGCCCACCUUACAAUUUCCAGGCCUUUUUGUCUUCUCCAUAUUUGUCACCUAUCACAACCCUGGCACCUUUCCUGCUCAUUUUAGCCUCUUCCAAUCUGCAGUUCUGCAGCCCUGAAUUCAUAUUUGCACAUAAGAGAUUGGUUGCAGAGUUCAGGUGCCCAGCUGAGUUGAGUACUUUACGUAGUUCAGAUUGUACACAGUGCCAUUGUCAUCUCAUUUCUUCCCUUGUUCCUACAUAUUCUUCUCAAGCCAUACAUCCAUCCUGUAAAUUACAGAAUAACCCAGUAUGAUCAAACCUCAAGGCUGUCUACCCAGGGUUUGAGAUCGGGGACCACUUGACAUAAUUAAAUGAUGUUGAAGGCCAAUAAUCUACACUCCAGACUUAAAAAUUGAGCCUUUCUUUCUGUUGAAAGGCAGGCAAAUUAGCUAACCUCAGAGCAAUCAGGAUGAGACUGAAGUGGUCCCAUCAGCCGAUAGAAAGGUUUUCAGAAUCACAUAUCUUUCUUAUUUUGUGGAUUUGCCUGAACUUCAUUGGUGCUCCAUCCAAAAGAAAGUGAGGCUGAAAUUAGGAUCCUGAAAAGGGUGUGCAUUUUACAGUGAUUAGAAAACUAAAAACCAGUUUCUACCAUGAGGGAAAGUAAAUGUGGAAAUGAAGGUCAUUUACAAUUCAUUCUCUUCCUCCCCCUUCCCCACUAAAACUACAAACCAUAACAGCCUUCAUCAACCUGAUGUUCUCUAGAUGUGUUGGACUGCAGCCUACAUCACCUCUAGCCAGCAUGGCUAAGGGAAGUUGUAGCUCAGCCUCUCUAGAGGGCAUCAGGAUUGGCAAGACUGUUGUAGGAAGAAGACAGUCGUUCUUGCAAAAUGGAGCAUGAAUUCAUGUUCGUUCAGAGCACUAGAGUGCACAGACUUUAAAUAAUAGCAUACGGUGGGAAAUACUGAUGACUGUCGCAGGAGAAUUUUCUUUUCCUCUAGCAGUUAAUCCAGACAGAGAUUUUCAUCAGAGAAUACUGCCAAGUUCAUAUCCAAUAAGAGCAGGUAUGAUGGGAAAGCUGCUGGUGAACUCCCCUGUUUUAAAUGGCAAGAGGGAGAAUUCUGUGACUGAACUAUAUUAAAUGCCCAUUGGAAGACUGGAUAUCAGAUGGCCCCUGAUUUAAGUUUCUGAUACACUAGUUUUGUAUGUAUUACAAUUAUUUUCCCUGUUGGGAUACACUUAACUAGGUUGACUCUGACCUGUUAUUAAAAUGAGCAAAAGGCAGGAUUCCACCAGCUCCGUCUGCUGUUUACGUAAAUAAGGCUCAGAUUAGCUAGAUACAGGAGGACAAAAUCUGCCCACUGCACAAAGAGAGCCCCAUUUUUUUCAGAGAAGUUCAAGUGUCUCAGCCAUUUGAAAUGGGAGUGGAGGAGAAAUAAUGCUGGCACCCUAAAAAGAGACAUCUGUCCUAAUAAACAGGGAAGAUGUUCUUUGCCUCAUUCAAACAUGAGCUCCUAAAAAUCAUUCAGAGCAACUGGAGGUGUGGGGUGAUAGCUACAAGACAUCUCAUGUGCAAAGCAAGGAGAGCCAAAAUCUGAUGGAAAAACAGAAGGUUCCUUCUCAGGAAGGGGCAAGCGAUUGAUCCUCUUCCUCCUCCUUUUAAAAGCAUUCAAACUCAUGAAGUUUUGCUGUUCUUGCACAAGAAGCUGAAACAUUUUCCCCCAGUGCAAGGCAGCUGAAGCACAUCUCCCCUCUACCCUAACCAAACAAAAUAACCAAUUCGCCAAUCCCUUUUUUCCAAUAUUCACAGUGAUCCUUCCCCCAACACAAUCCUUGGGCCCAAAGUUUGCCUCCACUGUCAACUUGUCUGGUUGAUUUUUCCCAGAACCCUCUCCCAGAUUUUGCGAGUCAAUUUUCUACUUGAAUCAGGCCCCCUGUUUUAAACAAGAGGGGAGGGUGGGAGGGAGAAGAAG